UGUCACUGCUUUUGCGACUUCUUGUUAACAAGGACUGAUAUAAUACUGUUUUAUUCACAAAGCAGUGCUAUUGGAUUUUACUUUAACAGCGGUUUGCUUCUUUGCCUGCACACAGACCCUUUUAAAGUUGAAUGUCUUAACCGUUUGAUCUUAAUGCAGUUGGGAAACCAGUGUAUAGCAGUUUUAAUAGUGUUAAAGCAAUGACAGAUUUAUAUUGAGAAGAAAUGACCAUCAUUUUCAACUAGAGAGAAACUGUUUAAUUAAGUUGGAAAGUGAUAUAUAUGGUAUAUUUAAAACUCAUUGAGGCGUACCGCCCUAGCGGGAUGGGUAUAACAUUUCGGAUUCUUCACAAUGCAAAAAGUAGAUUGUAUACGAUUUCUUUGUAAUGGUUGUGCUUUCGUAUUUUCUACUCGUUUUCGUGAAGGUUUUCCACACGGGGAAGUUUUCAUAAUUAUGUGCGGCUUGCUAUACCUUAAGACGGAAAUUAUUGGACAAUUGCUGUUCAUAAAUUGAGAAAACGACGAAAGGUGUUUAAAGCCUGUCUAAAUUGUAUCAUGGAUAACGUUCGUGUUUUUGCAAUAUUUACCCUGACGGUGGUUUAUUUCAUCCAAACAGGUCAAGGUCAGUACAGGGAGGCCAGUGAGCUGCUCCAGAAUUUAAGGCGUGGCUACGAGAGGCUCGUGCCUCCUACGCGCACUUCCGGGUCGCACGUUUCAGUGAAGAUACACCCAUCCAUUGUGCGCAUCAGCGAUUUGAAUGAGAACCGAGAAGCUUUAUCAGCCACUAUCAGCCUGUCAAUGAAUUGGUCUGAUCUUCGCCUCAGUUGGAACCCGGCUCAGUAUGGCGGCGUGGAGAAACUCUACCUGCCCGCCGACACCAUCUGGCUCCCGGAUAUCACCGUACAUAACACGGUUGAGGGUUCGAUACCGGAACAGAGCACGAGCCAACUCGUGGAGGUCUCGCACAUAGGUUACGUGCUCAUGGUCUCGAUGCUACACGUGGAUACCUACUGCGAGAUGACGCUCACCGGAUACCCACGUGACGUACACGAGUGUGACGUCAUCAUCGGCUCGUGGAUGUACUCAGCCAAGCUCCUGGUGCUCGAAUCAUGGACUGGCGGGACUGUGAUUGACCACGUGCCUCUGUCCGCAAACACGGACGACGCAAUCCCGGACCUCGAAGGGCGGAGCUGGAGUCUGCUGGGACGCGCAGGAAGUGCCAAGAUUCAACUUGUGACCUAUGAAUGUUGUCCAGAUGAGCAGUACGUUCAGUUACGCAUCUCACUGACCUUGAAGCGCCAUGCCCCCUACCUGUCCACGCAGCUCUGGUUGUUCUUCCUGCUACUACCGGCGCUCACCGCCUUUCAGUUCUUCAUUCCUCCGGACAAUGACAACAGAACAGUUUACGGUCUGGUGGUCGUGCUCGCUCACCUGGUUUUCUUGGUGCACGUCUCUUCAAUUUUGCCGUCGUCGUUUGAGCCGCCGCGUAUAGGUAUCCUAGCAACCUUUAACCUCGUGGUGUCCGCCAUUUCUCUUCUGAUGUCCAUCGUCAGCGCGAGGACAGCGACCUCUCCGAACAAAAUCUGCCUCAAACUUAAUCAAUUCCUACCGUGCUGCGGCUUUCAAGAUCAUACCGCGGAACAAGACACCGGAAAGCACUUCCGACCACCAUCUGAUGAAAUUAAUCACCUCAUAACACCAAUCGACACCAACGAUGUCGAAUACAUUGAACUAGUAGAUACACAUAAUACACAUUAUAAGAUGAAAUAUGAUGAAAGUCAAUUACUAACGAAGAUCCACACAGAAAUAACAUGCAUUAAAGACAUCAUGCGAGACAAACUUCACAAGAAACGGGAUAUAGAAACCUCGAGUAGAAUUUGCAGUUUUCUUGAUAAUGUUUCAUUAUGUGUAUUACUGUUGUCAUUUAUUGUAAACAUUAUUGUUCUGUCUGUGUUGUAAGUGCUCAAAAUAUUAAUGAAAACAUAAUUUUAAUUCGGAAAACGGGGCUUAAUGUGAUUAGCCUGUGCAGUCCGAAGAACGAGGCACUCAUAAUCGAUUGUAUUGUGAUACAAUAUUAGUAUACUCAGAUUUGAUUAUACCAUAACACAUAAUUACUCGUGUCUUUAACAUAAUAAUGUCAAUUGCUUUUAACCUGUGGAAAUGGUUGCACAAGUAAUAAGUUGUAUGUUAUUAAUAACUUUACCUGUUGUUACCAAUAUUGAAUAUUAUUUUAAUAUUAAAACAUAUUGUUGUCAACAGACAUGUUUUAAACAUUGUAAUGCAGGCUGUGUUUUUGUGUGUUAUUAUUGUCUUUAUAGAUACAAAUUCAUUUAUAAUGCGAAUACUGCAUAAUAAGAAAAUAGUUAUUUACCAAAUGUUAAUUUAUAAACUACUUAUUUAUUUUGAAUUUUACUGUCUUUACUGUAGCGUUGAUCUCACACGGAAUGUAACCUUUUGUUUUGAUGAAAAUGUUGUUUAUAAUAAACAAUUAUAUGGAUUGUUAAA